AGGAAUGCUCCAAAAUGGAAAGAAAUUUGAUUCAUCCCGAGACAGAAACAAACCUUUCAAGUUCAGAAUUGGCAAGCAGGAAGUUAUCAAGGGGUUUGAAGAGGGUGCAGCCCAGAUGAGCUUGGGGCAGAGGGCGAAGCUGACCUGCACCCCUGACGUGGCAUACGGAGCCACGGGCCACCCUGGCGUCAUCCCUCCCAACGCCACCCUCAUCUUUGACGUGGAACUGCUCAACUUAGAGUGACGGCAGGAAGGAACUGGAGGUAGCUGGAGAUGGCGGCUGCCCUCCCUCCUCGCCUGCUCCGCUACUGGGACGGCUCCUCCUGCUUGGGGCUCUUGAUCAGUGUGUUCCCUUCACUGCUCACAGCAUUGUCCAUUCUCUCUGCCCAAGUCGCUGGGUCUGUGUUCCUUUGUUGUCGUUGUUCAUGCACAUUUUUGUUCGAGGCAACUUUGGUUGCGGGGUUGGAGCAUUGUUGGUUGUGCAUCUUUUUGGGUGAUGCAUGUAGCAGUCCUUCCCAAUCCCAGUACCUGGACUACUUGUUUGCACAAUUUCUACUGCCUUACCUUCACUUAAUGCAGACCUAAAAGGUGCUCAGACAUAAAACGUCCAUGGCAAAUGCACAGGGACUUGGAGCCAGUUACUUCUGCUGUCAUUCUCUCUUAGAUUUCUGUUGGCUGCUGACUUCGACAAUGUCCUUUUUGGAAAUCUGUUCAAUAAAGGCUCUGUGCUUGACAAA